UUUAGAGGAUACAGGCGACAGCCUGGGCUUCGGGUGGCCGUGCAGCCGCCAAACAUCUCGGCUGAGCUGCCGCUUCCAGCCGGCUCCUCUCGUCAGCCGGGUCCAGGUCGGGGAGGAAAAUGGCGCCGGCGCCCCGAGGCGCCCGGGAGGAGCCGCUGCUGCAGCGUCGGUCCCGACCUCUUGCCCGGCUCCUUUUCUUCGCCCAGGCCGCCGCCGUCCUGCUGCCGGCCGCCCGGGCGGGCGCCUGCCCCGCGCCCUGCACGUGCCGCCCCCCGCUGCUGGACUGCAGUCGCAGGAGGCUGCCAGCGCCCAGCUGGAGGCUGCUGUCGAGCCCGCUGCCCCCCGACGCCGCCAGCCUAGAUCUGAGUCAUAAUCGGUUGUCUAACUGGAACAUCAGCUUGGAAUCUCAGACAUUACAAGAAGUGAAAAUGAAUUAUAAUGAGCUAACAGAAAUCCCGUAUUUUGGAGAACCAACCUCUAACAUUACUGUACUGUCAUUGGUCCAUAAUACAAUUGCAGAAAUAAAUGCAGAGGUGUUCCAGUUUUAUCCUGCUCUCGAGAGUUUAGAUCUCAGCUCAAAUAUAAUAUCAGAAAUCAAGACAUCUUCAUUUCCUCGAAUGCAGCUUAAAUACCUGAAUUUGAGUAAUAAUAGGAUAACCAUCUUGGAGGCAGGUUGCUUUGAUAAUUUAUCAAGUUCCUUAUUAGUGGUCAAGUUAAACCGAAAUAGAAUUAGCAUGAUUCCACCCAAGAUCUUCAAACUACCUCACCUCCAAUUCUUGGAACUUAAAAGAAACAGGAUUAAAGUUGUGGAAGGUCUAACAUUUCAAGGGCUGGACUCCUUAAAAUCUUUGAAAAUGCAGCGGAAUGGAAUUAGCAGACUUAAAGAUGGAGCUUUCUUUGGCUUGGAUAACAUGGAAGAGUUAGAACUGGAACAUAACAACCUUACAGAGGUGAACAAGGGAUGGUUGUAUGGCUUGCGAAUGUUACAGCAGCUCUCUGUGAGCCAGAACGCUGUGGAAAGGAUCAGCCCUGAUGCAUGGGAGUUCUGCCAAAGGCUGUCUGAGCUUGAUUUGUCCUAUAACCAGUUGACCCGCCUGGAUGAAUCUGCCUUUGUGGGUCUGAGCUUACUGGAGAGAUUGAAUUUAGGGGACAACAGAGUCACUCACGUUGCUGACGGUGUAUUUCGGUUUCUUUCCAAUCUUCAGAUACUAAACUUAAGAAACAAUGAAAUUUCAUGGGCCAUAGAAGAUGCUAGUGAAGCCUUUGCUGGACUCACAAGUCUUACUACAUUAAUCUUACAAGGAAAUCAGAUUAAAUCAAUUACAAAGAAAGCAUUCAUUGGUCUUGAAUCCCUUGAGCAUCUAGAUUUGAACAACAAUGCUAUAAUGUCUAUCCAGGAAAAUGCUUUUUCUCAGACUCGCUUGAAAGAACUGAUUCUGAACACAAAUAGUUUGCUCUGUGACUGUCAUCUGAAGUGGUUGCUUCAGUGGCUGGUUGAUAAUAGCUUUCAGCAUUCUGUGAAUGCAAGUUGUGCACACCCUGAAUGGCUGGCAGGGCAAAGCAUCCUGAAUGUGGAUCUGAAAGAUUUCGUCUGUGAUGAUUUUCUCAAGCCACAGAUACGAGCACAUCCUGAAACGACAGUUGCUCUCAGAGGCGUGAAUGUGACUCUGACGUGCGCUGCAGUGAGCAGCAGCGAUUCCCCCAUGUCUGCUGUGUGGCGCAAAGACAGUGAGAUCUUGUAUGAGGCUGAUAUUGAGAAUUUUGUUCGUUAUCAGCAGCAAGCUGGAGAAGCUCUGGAAUAUACUAGCAUCUUACAUCUUUUCAAUGUGAAUUUCACCGAUGAGGGAAAAUAUCAGUGCAUUGUUACUAAUCACUUCGGUUCUAAUUACUCUCAUAAAGCCAAGCUGACUGUGAAUGAAAUGCCAUCUUUUCUGAAAACUCCAAUGGAUCUAACUAUUCGCACCGGUGCCAUGGCCAGAUUAGAAUGCGCUGCAGAAGGGCACCCUGCACCUCAGAUUUCCUGGCAGAAAGACGGGGGUACUGACUUUCCUGCGGCCCGAGAAAGACGAAUGCAUGUCAUGCCCGAGGACGAUGUCUUCUUCAUUGCAAACGUGAAAAUAGAAGACAUGGGAAUCUAUAGCUGCCUGGCACAGAACAUAGCAGGAGGCCUCUCAGCAAAUGCCUCACUCACAGUGUUAGAGACGCCCUCAUUUGUUAGGCCCCUGGAGGACAAGACGGUGGCGCGGGGUGAGACCGCGGUCCUGCAGUGCAUAGCGGGGGGGAGUCCUGCCCCGCGCCUCAACUGGACCAAGGAUGACGGAGCUCUGCUCGUGACAGAACGGCACUUCUUCGCUGCGGCCAACCAGCUUCUCAUCAUUGUAGACGCUGGGCUGGAAGAUGCUGGGAAGUACACCUGCAUCAUGUCUAACACUCUUGGGACAGAACGAGGUCACAUUUACCUAAAUGUCAUCUCGUCCCCUAAUUGUGACUCCUCCCAGAGCAGCAUUGGGCAUGAAGAUGAUGGCUGGACCACAGUCGGCAUUGUCAUCAUUGUUGUGGUCUGCUGUGUGGUGGGCACCUCUUUGAUCUGGGUCAUUGUUAUUUACCACAUGAGAAGGAAAAAUGAAGACUAUAGUAUCACAAACACAGAGGAGCUUAAUCUGCCUGCAGACAUUCCCAGCUACUUGUCUUCCCAAGGAACGCUGUCUGAGCCACAGGAAGGCUACAGCAACUCUGAGGCAGGCAGCCACCAGCAGCUGAUGCCUCCUGCCAGUGGGUACUUACACAAAGGUGUCGAUGGUGGCACUGGUCCCCGGGUUAUCUGCUCAGAUUGUUACGACAAUGCCAACAUCUACUCCAGGACACGAGAAUACUGUCCCUAUACCUACAUUGCUGAGGAGGAUGUUCUAGAUCAGACAUUGUCCAGCCUCAUGGUCCAGAUGCCCAAAGAGACGUAUCUGGCACAUCCUCCUCAAGAUGCAACCACCCUGGAGGGCCUGGUGUUACCAGCAGAUGGAGAGCUGCCCGCCUUCCCCACCAACCGUGAGAGGACCAGUGGGGAGAGACCGUCCUCCACACAGAUGAGCAGUGAAACAUUGCAGCGGCCUCUGUGGAAUGUAAGCAAGGAACUAGGCCCGCCUCGCCCUCCCCUUCCCCAGCAGCCGGGCCCUGAGUCGCCACAGCUUCAUCAAACUGAGGGCGUGGCGGAGAGUGACGCAGACUGUUCCACGGCCCCUGUGCCCCAUCACAGGUUCCACGACCAUGCUUCUGACUUUGCUAGGACUCGGAACAUUCAAGAUGGUAGCGAGGGCACAUGAAACACUUGGGAUGAAAUCUGGGCAAAGGCCCACUUUAGUUAAUUUUGUAUUUACUACCUCAGAGUGAGAAGAAACCCCCAAGUCAACAUUUGCUUUACUCUUUGUCUACGAUUCCAUCUGACCACACCAAGGUAGGCUAGGCAUUUGUUUGGGUUUAUAAGCCCUGACAAAGAAAGGGCAAUGGCUGAUGGAAACAGUACGUGUAAUAGACAAUGUGCAGAGGGGCAGAGGAAGACAGAGGACACACGUGCUUCCUGAUGGUUCCGUGGGUGCGCCCAGGUGCGCAUUGCACCUUAGGAAGCGUCUCAUUGCUGCUUGACAUGCCGAUUGUCUCAGCCCACAAGAUGAUUCUGAGAAGACGAAACUGUUCUAUUUUGUCUUCUAAAGAACAAAAGUAACUCUGGAGCCCUCUGGGAUUCCGGGAUUGGUCAGGGGCUUUUAGCAUGUGGUUGAGAGUGGGGCUUUGAUAUUCAAGGUCUUCAACAAGAAUCCCAGGUUUGACCACCUGUUACCAGGUCAAGGAGUUUUAUAUUCUUGUGAAAUUUGUGUGUGUGUGUGGAGGGGGGUGGGGUUCCUUAUCACCCGGGGAUCUCAUUGUAAAUAUAUGUGUAUUUAUAAAUAAUUUUGUAUUCAUUGACCAUAUGUGUUGUCUGCAGUGUAAAUAUUUUUGAUAUGCCAAAAUUAUAUGUGACAUCCAGUUACAAUAUUGACAGCAGCUUCUCAGACCACAGACAGAUUUUGUAUAUGUUGGCUUAGUGAAUCUAAAGACUGUUCAAAGUUUUAAAAAUGUUAUUUGUUAAGAAGUAUAUGUAUAGAGCAAGGUACCUAGUGAUUGGGUAUGCACAAACACAAUCUUGGUGUAAUUAACCACUUCAUCCCUAGAGGUUCAUACAUCUACUCAUUUGCCACCUGUUUACGAGUGCCAGGUAACAUUACCUUUCUAGCAUAAAAAGGCUCACUCAAAACACUAGCAGCCUUGCCAUUGCCAUGUGCACAUGGAUAAAGGAAAACUUGUUUGGGGAAUACUUUUUUUUAAACAAAGUACUUAGUUGAUGAGGAAACCAAAGAUUGCUUCUUUUCUGUGUUUUUUAAAAUGUCUCUUCUACCAAUGCACAGUGUAUCUUAAGGGAAGAGGGCUUUUGGAAGUACAAGAAUGUGCAGAAAUGUUUACGCUAUAAUGCUUUGGAGUGAUCCUUGUGAUUAUUUAAGCCAAAAAGUUUUCCUGAAUUCCUGAUAGCAAAAAGCUUUAUGUAAACAAAGGACUUAACACUCUAAUGGAAUGUAAUGGGCUGAAGUUCCUUGUGCUUCCUGAUUUCCUUACAUAGGCAGUCAGAAUCUGUCCCCUGCAUCUAGUCAGUACCAGCUGUGUACUAGAGAACGUCAGUCACUUAGGUGAAAAUGUCUGAGUCAUUGUGCAUUUCAAGGGUUCUAAACUCAUAGAAGUUCUCAGUUUUUUGAUAGAAUUUCAUACUUGUUUUUGACCCUAAAUUUUCCUCCCAUAGGCAGCAGUACUUCUUGACCGGUGUUAUUCCACCACACCUUUUUCCUUUUCAAACUGUCAGCCACUGUUCUUUUUCACUUUGAACUUCUUAAAUAUGUUUUUUUCCCUAUCCUUCAACUUGUGGUCAUUCUUCUUAACUUACUGGGUUGUAGUAUGAUUUAUACUAACUUAGGAUGAUGAGGCCUGAUUUCAUGCCUGGCUGUGCUACUUACUGGUUGUGUAAUGAAGGGCCGGGCCCUUUACAUCCCGCCCCAGUUUUCUCAUUUGUGAAAUGAGGGCAUUCUCCCCAAUGCUCUAAAGCCUUUCCCGGCUGUAAUGCUCUAUGAAUCUGUGAUCCCUCCAGGAACCAAGGAGGAUUCCGCUACUCUAACAAAAAGCUGCUUUCAUGAAACGUUUGUUAGGGUAGAACAAGAGUAAUGCUGCUCACCUUGACUUGAGCCAGAUUUAUGUCCUCUAUAGAGGGAGGUACAAGAAAUACUCAUGAGGAGAAAUGUUUUGUUUCUAAACAGUCUCAGAAAACCAGGACCCUGGGCUGCAUGGACAAGCGCUCGGUGCCCUCCAGAGCAGCAGGUCUGGUCGCAGUUCUCCAGAGCAUCGGAAUCCCAUGGAGGCUCUGCCAUAGCUGAUCUGUGGCCAGUUUGUGACUCACUGACCUUUCUCAUGUAUUCAAGGUUAUCCCAGUGAUGAUAGUACUUUUGCUCACAUUCUGACAGACUUUCUUGAGAGAAAAAGGUGGAGUUUGAGUUAGGCUGCAGGUGAACAUCAGCCGUUAAGCGUGAUGGGACAAGAACAGGCUGGACCAGUGCCGCCUCGCUGCUUCAGCAGUGGCCGUUCUCUGCCCGCGGUGGCUGAGCCGGUCUCCGAUGGCCAGGGUCUCCAUUAGGGCAGCUCAGGCGGUGCGGUGUGCCCCUGGGUAUUUCCAGCUUGUCUACAUCACGAAAGAACUUGCCUAAAUAACUGGUCAGGGAUUUGUUUAAAUGUGGAUAGUCUACCCCGGUCUUGAAAAGUAGUAAGUUUAAUAAAUUCUCGUCUUAGGAAGAAUUCUUGAAACUUUGCAGUAUUGCAUGUAUUUCUGACCAAGCAGUGAUUUAACCCUCUGCCAUCGUCAGGAUUAGUGGCUCAUCAGCCAUUCUUUCCAGCAGCGUCCUGUCUGCCUGUUUAACCAGGGGCGUCACAGAGCAAGGCCGACAAAGAUGCUGGGAGAGCUGCUCUCUGCCCCUGCUCAGCUCCCACUGGGCGUUGCACCCCUCCGGCUGCUUCUCCACGUCUGCCUGGAAGAACUAGUUUUACCCGUGAACUCCAAGCUUUACUGGCACAGGGUCUGCCCCGAAGCCAUUGGCUCUGUCACUCAGCAGCUUCUAAAAUCCUCUUCCUAGUAUGCAAGUUACUCCAUAGAACAGAAGGUAGCAGAAACCGAGCGCGGUGCGCACUUCCACCUCCUGUGCCAUCGGAAUGCCUAAAACAUUUUCCUGUAAGGUAACUUUCAUGUUUAAAAACAGUUGUCUUUUCAUUGCCCAUUGGGAGGUUGUAAAAGAAACAUUAAGAUGUCAAGCAGCUUCGACUCUUAGCCAUCUUCCUAAGAAAAGAAAUACGAUAAAAGCCUUGAAUUACUUAAAGCAUUGUCAUAUGGAAUAAGGAUGAGAUGCACUCAUUUUAUUUCACAGGAUGUGGGUCAGAUCAGUGGGGCAGGAGUUACAGGGAGAUGCAGGAUACACUUGCCAAUAAUUUUAUGUAUGCUCGCUAACAAUUAGAUUUGCCCGACAAUUGGAAUAAUCAACCUUUCUUGGGAAAGGUACACACAGAAGCUAAGUAAUCAUCUGUUAAGAGCAUCGAAGACAUGUCUGCAUUGAGAUGGAAUAUGGCCAAGAUGACUGUUAGGACUCUCUCAUUCUGUUAGAAAUCUCCAGAAAAACUUUCUCCUUCAGAUUCCUUUAUAUAAAGUAAGUGUACAGCACUUAAAAAUUUUUUAAAAAGAAUUUUGGAGUUUGGCCUAUUCUGUGUUAAUAGUUAAAAACAUAAAAGUCUGAGUUUAUUCCUAUGAGGAAAUCUAUAACUAGUACCAGUUAACACAAAUAGCACCACCAUAAUAAAAAGUUUGACAGCCUAUAAUGUAUUAUAACCCUCUUAUUUUACUCUUCACUUUUUAAUUCCUGCUGCUUUUUUUUUUUCUUUAAAGAUUUUAUUUAUUUUUAGACAGGAAGGGAGGGAGAACGGGACAGAAACAUUGAUGCGUGGUUGCCUCUCACACGCUGCACACUGGGGACCUGGCCUGACCAGGCAGGGAUGUGCCCUGCCUGGGAAUCAGACUGGUGAGCCUUUGGUUCGCGCAGGCGCCCAGUCCACUGAGCCACACCAGCCAAGGCUGAUGCCUGCUGCUGGUGAUCAGUGGGAUCCACUUUGAACAGGGUUGGAAUUGUUCAAUUUUAUACCCAGUAUUUUACCUGAGUGUGUUGUGGUCUUUUCUAAUUAUUUAAAUAUCCACAGAAAUGCCAAGAAGGUAAUGGAGUAACAGAGGCAAAUUUGCUGUCAUUUUAUGCUACACCCUCCAUUUCUUGCUUCUUAAUUCCAAUAACAGGUGAUUAUGAAAUAGUCAACGUAAGAUUUUUGAUUUUUUAUUUUUGUAGUCUGCAAGUAAUGAGAAAAAUGCUUUGUUUUUCUGUUACAUGCUUCUCUUUCCAGUUCAGUUAGGCAGAUGUGGUCCCCUCCUGCUCCUUCUAACUUUUUUAUUUGGAGUACAAUCUAAACCGAUAUCAGUUACCUUCAUUUUCUUUCUCUUUUGGCAUUGCCUGGUUUGUUGCAAAAAUAAGUUCUGAAUGGAGAGAGAGAUUACAAGCUGCUUUUAACAAAACACCUGAAAGCCCAUAUAUCAUCUGAAAGGGUUUUUUUUUCGGGGGGGGGUUGUGUGUGUGGGGGUGUGUGUGUGCGUGCGCGUACAUACGUACGUACUUGGACCUGUUCCCUCAAGGUUGUGUGUUGUGUUUUUAAUCAGUCCGAUAAUCUUCGUUAAUGGGUGGGGUGAAGGGGAAAACCAGCUUGAUUGAGCCUGUUUGCAAAUGUUAAGUAUAGUUAUUAGCUGUAACUGUCUUGAAAGAAAUUGAUCAUCAGCUGGUCAACUGCUCUUAAGAGUAUUUCUGGCUGCUUGAAGUGGCCUCUUGAUCAGAGAUUAUUUCUACCUGCUGCGUCCCCUCUUCUCCUCUGUCAGAGGACAUCGGUCUGAGCAGUCCUGGUACUGGACGUCCCUGAGGAGAGCUAUAAUCCACAUUGUUCCGUGUGGCCCUUCCCUCGUAUCUAUUUAUAUUUUCUCACACAUGAGAAUGUAUAUUUUAUAAAGCAUGUGUUUGUCUACUUGUCUACUGUAAUAUGUCUUCAAUAAAGCUAAAAUACACUACGAUUUUUCUGGUCUUAUGCAGGAGCGAAAUGGUG